AAAGUACCCGUCCAGAUGAGGCUUUGCGGGCUCAGCUUCCCGCAAGAGCGAGCCUUUUCCGUCCAAAAUCGAAGCAUACAACUUCUCCUCUAUCCACCCGCUUUCUAACAAGCGGUUUCUUUUUCCUUUCGCUUGGACAUGCACAUCAUAUUUUAGUGCGAUCCACGCACAUGGCACGAUUAUAGUCACCUCCUGAGGUAUUGGGUGAUACGACCCCUGUGGCCCGCGCGAGAAACUGGGAUGCCUCACAUUCAUCUCUUCGAUGUUCAUGCUUGUCAUCCCCAAAGGACUUGCUACCCCUCCUCGGACUUCCGGUCGGCUACUAUAGCCGCAAGCACAUGAUGGCUUCCAAUCCAGAAUCUCAGCCUAAGAAACGAGAAUCCCGUACUGGGCGGAAAGUGACGUCUCUCUCGGCGGAGCAACUCGAAAGGAAGCGCGCCAACGAUCGGGAGGCCCAAAGGACCAUCCGUCAGCGGACAAAGGAGCAUAUCGAACGCUUGGAGCACCAAGUGGCUGAGCUGAAAUCUAAAAAGGAACAGUAUGAUCACGUUGUCCGAAGAAAUGCUGCUUUGGAAAACGAGAUUAGGUCUUUAAGACAACAGCUGGCUUUGGCAACAGGUAGGCAAGGCUAUUCAAACCCAGCAGCUGAGGGCUCAUACACUGCUCCUUCCGGGCCCGUGCUUCCUUCUACCCAGUUUACAGAGCCCUUGAGUGUAAAUCCAGUUUCUAGAACCCCUUCGGCUCUUUCAGUAUCUAGUCAAGUCUCUAGUGCGCAUGACUGGCAACAAUAUAACUCCACAGGGUCACCAUCCAUCUGUGAAUCGUCAGAUACAGACUACCCCAGUAGGGUAGAAUCUUUCAUGUUCGAAGGGCAGUUACAAACGCCGAACCCGAUGACAGUCGCGGCACCGCAAGCUAGCUUCAACGCCCCUGGUUGCCACACACGUGAACCCGCUUUUCACUCAUACUCACACUUGUACCAAGGGGCUGGCCACAACCAAGUGCGCCAGGAGGAGCAUCCACCCGAACAUCCACACAACCCUCAACACACAGUACAAUAUGUGUCAAGUCAGCGGUCGAUGUCCGUUCCGACUAUUCCAUCAGAACGGGAACUUCGCGGAUAUCCCGUCCUUCACGCCACCCAGCAGUAUCAACAAGUCCCAGAGCAACCUCCAAGGCACGAGUACAAUUACGACUGGACUCGCCGAUCAUGAUUGUUAGCGGCUAUUGAAGGCGGUCCCUACUGGAUUUAUGGACUGGGUGCCUAUGAAUGGCUUUUCACACCGGGCACCUACAGCACUAUUAGAACACCCGCCUGGUUCACUCACUAAGCAAACAACCGAUCAUCCAUACUGCCUGUAUAUGGGGCUAUCAUUGCGUACACCUAUUGUCAACCUUGCCCACCUGCUGCUGUGGUGCCCGAUGUCCGAUUCUUCUUGUACUGUCAGGUCCAUUACAAAACCGCUUCCACGAUAUCUUCCUCGUCAUCACAGCGGGACAUCCAUCCUCAAUAUCCCACGCUAUAACGA